CUGCAUCCAGGCUGAGAGCAGUGUCUUUAGACGGAUGACAACAAAGAGACCCGACUUGCAGUGUCACGAUAUUCGGCGCGAUUUUAGAGUCAUUUUUCACACGGGCGGCGAAAUAAAACUGCAUUCGUGUCGAGUAACUGAUUAGGAAUAUGAAGAGGAGAAAUGCCGAGUGUGGCAAAUUACGGAGGCCGUUAAAAAGGAACAAAAUCACAGAGGGAAUGUACGGCAGCAGCACCCUUCUGUAUGUCAAGUUCCUGGCGUUGUGGCUGCUGGUGAUUUUGGCAGAUUUCAUUCUGGAAUUCCGCUUCGAGUUUCUGUGGCCGUUCUGGCUCCUGCUGCGUAGUGUUUAUGACUCGUUCAAGUAUCAAGGCUUGGCCUUCUCCGCUUUCUUCAUCUGCAUCGCUCUCACUUCAGACAUGAUUUGCUUCUUUUUCAUCCCAGUACACUGGCUUUUCUUUGCAGCGAGUACAUACGUGUGGGUUCAGUACGUCUGGCAUACAGAGAAAGGCAUUUGUUUGCCUACAAUUAUGCUCUGGCUGCUGUUCGUGUACGUUGAAGCCGCAGUUAGAUUCCGUGAUGUGAGGCACAUACCGUUCCAUCUGGACCUUUGCAGGCCAUUUGCAGCUCACUGUAUCGGGUAUCCCGUGGUAACUGUUGGAUUCGGAUUCAAGAGCUACGUGGGGUACAGAAUGCGACAGAGAAAGCAGCGCGAGGUGUCGAAGGAGAACGACUUCUACCUGCAGCUGCUGCAGCAAGCGUUGCCCGUCGAGCAGACGCCGCAGCCACAGGUGGAGACGGCGUGCUCGGAGAAGAGCAGUAAAGCCCUCGAAAACGGAAGCAUAUCAAAUGGCUCCGUUCACAAUCAUCAUCACAGCACGCCGGCGUCGCAGCAGGCGAGCGUCACGAAAAAUAAUCAUAGGAAGUCACUGGACAAGGGCACAUCCAACAGUGACGAGCCGAAAGAGAAGAAGCACAUCAACGGCUCCAUUACGGGUGAUAUCGACUACAUGGAGAAGUCGUCCGGGUCAAUCAACGACUUCGACGAGAACGAGGUGGACAAGGACAAGAGCUCGAAAGGCUCCCUCAAGUCCAACUCGGCCAAGUGGUCGCAGGUUAAGGAGAAUUCCGUCAAUUCGCAAAGGGAGCGGAAGAACAAAGCCAACAGGGAGUCACCGACUUCUGAGACCAAUUCCAUUCCUCAGAAAGACGAGCACUCUAUACGAUUGGAGGCCGAAAUCAAGAGAUUAAAGGCGGACCUGCACGCGAGCAAACAGUCAGAACAAGAGCUCAAGUCGCAGGUCAGCAAUCUCGUGUCGGGCGAGAAGAGCGUGAGAAACACGCUUUCGCAGCUGCAGGCGGACAAUGACGCGCUGCAGUCGAAGCUGCACAACCUGGUGACGGCGCGGCAGGCGGACAAGCAGAACGCCGCCCAGCUGGAGAGACGGCUGGCGGAGGAGCGACGCUGCCGGGGUAACGCAGAGUCACAGCUGCAGACUGAGCGCAAGGCGGCCAAGAAGGCGGAGGAGGCGGCCACCGCCAGAGCCAUCGCCAUGGCCGCCGCCGCGGCCGCUGCCAAGGGCGAGUGCACCGAGAGCUGCAGAGCCCGCAGGAGGGAACUCGAGUCUGAUGUCAAGCAUUUACGCCGCGAGCUCAAGAGCAAGGAGGAUCGCUGCGCCUCACUCGAAAUGGAACUACAGAUGCUGCGCCCCUACAAGGAAAGCCACACUGAGAUAGAUAGACUGUGCCAGGCCCUGACCAAUUUGAAAGAUAAAAACAUGCUCUUGGAGAACAGUCUGAGCGCAGAGACUCGCAUUAAACUGGAUCUCUUCUCUGCCUUGGGCGAAGCCAAGAGGCAACUGGAAAUAAGUUCAUCAAUGCUGCGCGCAAAGGAAAAGGAAGCGGAUGAACUGAAGCUGAAGAUCACUCAAGUCAUCGCAGUGGCCGACUCAUUCAACCCAGCCGCCCUCGACAUGGUGUCAAUGAGCAACUCGUCCAAACUAAUGAUGGGAGAUCACAUCAUGAGCCUGCCAACCUCUUCCUCCUCCUGUACUUCAAACCUCGACCCAAACGCCACUGCGUACACACCCAAGAGCGGAGGAAUCACUUCCACCGAGGCUUAGGAAGGUACAGACCGAACGAGAAAGAGAGAAAGAAAGAGUUUUAAUUUAUUUUCACGUAGUAUUAUCACAGCAGCAGGACUUCUAUGGUGUAUUUUGAAAUGACGAGAGAAACCAAAUGUUUUAAUUUAUUUUUAAAGAAAUCAAAACGGGAAGGACAUGAUUUACGGGAAACAGUACAACAGCAUCAUAAUUUCAAAGUGAGAAUUGACGUUUGCGCUUUUUACGGCUUGAGACUCUUCCUUUUCCAACUCAUCGAGUGUAGAAAAAAUGGAAACGAGAGUUUAGGAGUCGCCACAUUUUGUCUGCAAAUUGGAAUUCCGGCAGUGAUUUUGAAUCUACUCUUCCCCUAAGUCACUUGGCCAAAAGUCCAUGGCGAACCUUGCGCCGUUAAAUUCAGGAAGUGAUUUCGAAAUGCGAAACUUUCCCCUAGCUGGCCAUCAUGACCCAAGCUUACUUUUCUAGUUCCAACUGAUUUCCCUUUUUUCGUUGGAAGUAAAAUGCAAACGAUAUUUUAUUCUUUAUGUUAAAGCACAUAAAUCGUGCGUGAUGGGAGGCGUGAUCUCCUCCAUAUAUCGAGUCGGAAUUAUAUUUGCAGACAUGAUGAUGAGCACUUGAGUUUAGUGCGAGAAAUGGUUUCUUCCAAACAGAAGUACGCCUAGCAGACUUAAAAGUAAUCCGGCGCGGCUUGGUACUUUUUAUUUUGAAUCAAAGACAACACCACACUAUUUUUUUUUGUAACGAGAAACGAAUCGAGUUUCUUUUUUUACUCGCCAACUAUUAUUUUUGUUACAUUGGUUUGUUUUGUCGUCUCUCGGCUACAGUCGUAGACCUCCUGUCGCCAACGACAGAUUUCGAUAUAGGGUUUUACUACUUUUGACCUUGUGGAAAAAGUAUGUUGAUCAGUUCCUUUGUUUUAAUACACUAUUCGGUGAACGCAAUCGGUAAAAAGAAAAAUUGAUUUGUGUUUGUGUGCCACACCGAACUGGCUGACGCAGUCAGGAACUUCUUCAUCGAGCCUCCUCCCUCCUUCCCACCCCUCAAAAAGAAUUGGCCCUUUUUGUGUUGUCUGACGACAGGACUGAUUGUUAAUUUAGGCGAAAACCCUAUCCGCGGAUGGAAACAUUAAAAGCUUUCAUUACAUAUUAUUUUUGUGUUUUUGUUGUGAUAAUUAUUAACCAAUUAAUGGUUUGCAUCAUUUCGACUAAAUUGCGUAUUGAUAUAUUAUAGACUUCAUUGUGUAAAUAACAAAAUGGGAAACACAUACAGUAAGCAAAACGGUAUCGCAGAGAGUGAAAUACAAUAUUUUUAUUAACCGACAAAACCGAGCACAAAAAUUACACAACACGCGAAUCAAACAUCCCGGCUGGAGAAAAAAUCGUUGCGUUCAUAGUCCAGACCACCUUUAUUUUAUAGUUGAUUGCUUUGGGAACAUCUCCGCGCAGACCAAUAGAAUGUUUCGUUACUGCGAUCACACACAGAUAGAUGCAUUUAUUUGGAGAAACGGUGGAAAAGAAAAGGCAUGGGCGAAGUUGGUUCGAGUCUAGUGAGCGUGCAACGCUGCUUUUGCCUGAUGCGCGACCAUCCGCGCGUACUGCCUGCCCCCUCUGCAACACAGUACUUAAAAAGAAAAUAAAAGAACACACCCCAGUACAAGCGACGCGAGUAGUUUAAUUUCAGUUCCUUAGCUUUGCUCGAAUUGUUGCGUCUCCCCUCCUCCCCCCUGAUAAUUAUUGUCAUUUCUUGCCCUCGUGCACAAAGUAAGAAAUCAGGCGUAAGCGUUUAAUUAACUGCCAUAACUAUUGUGUAAUUAAUUGACUCAUUUUUUCUAUGUCGAUUAAUUCAUUCUGUCGAAUUUGUAUUGAGUGGAGAGGCGGGAGUAUUAGUUCUGUAAUCGGAGAAGAUGAAUCUGUAGUGUUUUGUCCCGUUUUUCGGGCCAUUAGGCGAACAGCAGUUGUAUUUUCUUCUCUCGCGCCACGAUUAUUUCCUAAAAGUGUAAUAAUUUAAUCGCUACGUGUAGUGUGUUUUGAUCUCAGCGACUUACUUAUUUCGAAAACCGAGAAUCCGAUCGAUUGGACGCAGAGCUAGUUCAAGUAAAUAUUACAUUAAAAAAAGAGCACAAAGGACACAAAAGUGGUUUGAGCAUCUUGUGUUAUUUUUUUUUCGUAAGUGAUAGAUGUAAUCGACGGUAUAAGGAAAGGAUUAAUUUUAAACAUGAUUAUGAUCAUCGUUGUGAAAUCGGCAGAAACUUAACGUCCCUUCUGGGUCGAAAUCUCAAAUUCGGACUCGACCAAUUGAUGUGUAUUUUGUCAAAAGGCGAAAAGCGGUGCCAACCCGUUGGCAAUAAAGGCACCUUUUCAAAGAAAACUAAUACACGAUGUUGCAACUCGAUGUUACUCCCUAAGAACGUAUUGUGGAUAUAAAAAACAGGAAAUGUGGAGAAGAGGUUGUUUUGUAAAUGUUAGAAACUACUUUUUAUACUGGUGAUGCCACAAAAACUGAAACACUACAGAGACGAACCCGGCUUGGCUUUUAUCAUCGGUGGAGCGUGCGUUUGUCUCUCCGGGCGGAAAUUUUGGAACACACAAAAAUCACACUCACACACAAAUUGACCGACUUUUUGCAUAGUGAAUCGUGCCAAUUUAGGCCUCUGCUCAGUUAUAUAUGUGUGCACCUCUUACCCCCUUUUUUAUUAGGACAACUCCGUUCAUUGUGAAACACAAACAAACAAACAAACAAACAGAAACACUCGUUCACUCACACAUACACGCAGGCGGCAACAAUUUUUGGAUACUAUGAAAAAAGAAAACCACACGCAAAUCGAGUUUGGAUGCUGAAUUUUGAGGUAGUCGUCCAUGCAAAGAACAAAUUACAACAACUCAAUAACUUGAAUGUUUGGAGAUGUGUUGCUCUCUAUGUGUAAGUCAGAAAAAGUAAAGAAUAAAAUCAAAAGUUAAAAAAUGAA